AACCCUAACCAUUUCAUUUCGCUUUACUAUCUUAGCCUCGUAACCUGUUCCUCUUCAUACUCACCUUCGCUGGUGGUUGGUUGCACUACAGUUACAUUUUUCUACUAUUUUUUUCAAAAAUAAAGAGUUAUUUUGAUUUUAGGUUAUUUCAUUUCCAUAUUUGGUAAAUAUUUUUAGAUCGGGAGAUUUGAAAUUUCAAAGGCUCUCUGAUCUAUGGGGAAUUGCUGUGCAAGGCCAGAUGGUAAGCAAAAUGAGAAGAAGAAGAAGAAGAAACAGAAUCCAUUCUCAGUUGAUUAUAGUGUAAAUCACGGAUCAGGUGGUGGAGAUACUAAAUUGUGUGUUUUGAAAGAUCCAACUGGUCGUGACAUUGAGAUUACAUAUGAAUUAGGUCGUGAGUUAGGGAGAGGUGAAUUUGGUAUCACUUAUCUAUGCACAGAUAAAGCAUCAGGUGAUGAAUACGCUUGCAAAUCAAUCUCAAAAAAGAAGCUCAGAACAGCUGUCGAUAUCGAAGAUGUUAGAAGAGAAGUAGAGAUUAUGAAGCAUUUGCCUAAACAUCCCAACAUCGUAACCCUAAAAGACACUUACGAGGAUGAUAACGCCGUGCAUCUUGUAAUGGAGCUUUGUGAAGGUGGGGAAUUGUUUGAUAGAAUCGUCGCCAGGGGGCAUUACACUGAACGUGCUGCUGCAUUGGUUACUCGUACAAUUGUUGAAGUUGUUCAGAUGUGUCACAAGGAAGGCGUGAUGCACCGAGACCUUAAACCUGAGAACUUUUUAUUUGCUAACAAAAAGGAGUCAGCAGCUCUCAAAGCCAUUGAUUUUGGAUUGUCUGUAUUCUUUAAGCCUGGUGAGCAAUUUACUGAAAUAGUUGGAAGUCCUUACUACAUGGCACCAGAAGUCCUAAAGCGAAGCUAUGGUCCGGAGGUUGAUGUCUGGAGUGCAGGAGUGAUCCUUUACAUCCUACUUUGUGGAGUCCCACCUUUCUGGGCUGAAACUGAACAAGGGGUUGCACAGGCAAUUAUCCGCUCUAUGAUAGAUUUUAAAAGAGAUCCGUGGCCAAAAGUUUCUGAAAACGCAAAAGAUCUGGUUAGGGGGAUGCUUAAUCCUGAUCCGAAGCAGCGUUUGACCGCUCAUGCAGUGCUUGAUCAUCCCUGGUUACAAAACUGGAAGAAGGCUCCAAAUGUUUCUCUCGGUGAAACUGUGAAAGCAAGGCUCAAACAAUUUUCAGUUAUGAACAAGCUUAAAAAGAGAGCUCUUAGGGUGGUGGCUGAGCAUUUGUCAAUGGAGGAAGUGGCUGGUAUAAAAGACACAUUUGAUAUGAUGGACAUAAACAAAAAUGGAAAGCUAACCCUUGUGGAGCUGAAAGAUGGUUUGCAUAAGAUCGGUCAUCAGAUUGCCGAUGCAGAUAUUCAGAUACUAAUGGAAGCUGCUGAUGCAGAUGGAAAUGGAACUCUGGAUUAUGGAGAGUUUGUUGCACUUGCCGUUCAUAUUAGAAAGAUCGGCAAUGAUGAUCACUUGCGCAAAGCAUUCGAUUUCUUUGAUAAAAACCAGAGUGGUUAUAUAGAGAUUGAAGAGCUACGGGAAGCUCUAGCUGAUGAAGUGGACCCCAACAAUGAGGAAGUUAUCAGUGCUAUUAUGCGUGAUGUUGACACAGACAAGGAUGGGCAAAUAAGUUAUGAAGAAUUUGCUGCAAUGAUGAAGGCUGGGACAGAUUGGAGAAAAGCGUCGAGACAGUAUUCAAGAGAGAGAUUCAAUAGUCUAAGCUUGAAGUUGAUGAAGGAUGGGUCGUUGCAUGUGAACAUGUAAACAAUGAGGGUAGAUGAUACUACAGAAAGGAAAACCGAAAAAGUAGUACCAAAAAGGACAGUCUGUCAUUAUUCUUGUGCUUGCAAAUUGCUUCCUCUUUCCGCCUAUUCAUUUUAUCCGUAUGUUGUUCUUUUUUCCAGGUUUGAUUCCUUAUUGUAUAUUAGGAUCAGAGUCAGCUUUGGUAGUCUUCCCAAGUCAUUGCUGCUGUGCGGGAAUCAGCAGUACACUAAUUGUUAUUUAUCGAUGCUUGGGGUUAGGUGUCAAAUUUGUCCCCGAAUUGCUACAUUUAUCUCUUCCGUUUUGUAAGUUUCCAAGAAAAGGAAUGUUGGAAGGUAAAUAUUGAAAAAUUGGUAUCUUCACUGUAGAUAAUUUUAAAAUGGCUCAAAAUUU